ACCCCCUGCAAGGCAACCUUCGAAAAAAGGAAAAAUCUUGCAACCAUUAACAUUUAACACGUCCUACCAGCUUACUGUGGGUUACCAGAUCUCUCUCUCUCUCUCUCUCUCUCUCGAGACGCUCUCCGUUUCUUGCUCGGAGGAAAAAGGGGCACUGUCCGACCGAAGGCUUGAUUGGCGAGCGUUUUUAUAAAAAAGAUGGUUUCGGCGAGUACGUCGUGUUGAGGCGUAGGCGCCCAGUCCAGUUGUGGCUGUUUAUCUGCUACUUUUUCAGUAAAUGGGCUGCUUCCACUCUACACAAAGAAGACAAUUCCCUGGUUACGAGGACCCUGUGACUCUUGCCUCGCAGACAGCUUUCAGUGUCAGUGAAGUUGAAGCACUAUUUGAGCUAUACAAGAGCAUCAGCGGCUCUCUAGUUGACGAUGGGUUGAUAAAUAAGGAAGAGUUUCAGUUGGCUUUAUUCAAGAACAGGAAGAAGGAGAAUCUCUUUGCCAAUCGGAUCUUUGAUCUUUUUGAUGUUAAGCAUAAGGGAUCCAUUGACUUUGGUGACUUCGUUAGAUCUCUUAAUGUCUUCCAUCCAAAUGCUUCUCAAGAAGAUAAGAUUGAUUUCUCCUUCAAGCUAUAUGAUUUGCAUGGUACUGGAUUUAUCGGACGUCAAGAUGUCAAGCAAAUGUUGAUUGCCCUUCUAUGUGAGUCAGACAUGAAAUUGGCUGAUGACACGAUUGAGAUAAUACUCGAUAAGACUUUCUUGGAAGCUGAUGUGAACCAGGAUGGGAAAAUCGAUAGGGAUGAGUGGCAGAACUUCGUUUCCAAGAACCCAUCGUUGUUAAAAAUCAUGACCCUCCCCUAUUUGAGGGACAUAACGACUACUUUUCCUAGUUUUGUGUUCAACUCUGAAGUCGAUGAGAUUGCUACGUAGAGGAAGCGGGGGUGCGGGAUGUUUAAUGCCCCUAGACUUCAGUACUAGAGAUUGCUUUAAUUUAGAAAUGAUGGAGACAAACAGAGUUUCAGGGUCGACAUGGUUUUUUUCUCCCCUGUUUCAAUUUGCUGAUGGCUAGAGGAUAAUAUCUCGAAGGUCUGCAGCAGCAAUGUAAAGCAUCAUUGAUGGGAUUGGCAAUUUGUAGUCAUUGUUUUUAUGUCUAACGCAGUCGACUAGUGCACGGCAUGGCACGGCAAGGGUGUUGCAUCGAGAGCGUUUCAAUUGUAUUGUGAUGACAUGCCUUGUGGAGGCAACUAUGUGAGAGUUUGUGUUUGUUUGAUUGAAAUGGAUUUGUCCACAUAUCAAGUGAGAAUAGCGAGACAGUAAAACAGAGAUGAGAAGACGAACUUAUCAAGUGGAACACGAGUCUUGGAAACCCCUACACUUCAUACGAGAUGAUUGUCAAAUAGAGACAACAGGCAUUAGGUA